CGCACCGAGCCGAGCUAGACUGAGCUAAACCAAGCCGAGCCGAGCCAUGGACCCCCAGGACUGCACGUGUGCCGCCGGUGACUCCUGCUCCUGCGCCGGGUCCUGCAAGUGCAAGAACUGCCGCUGCCGGAGCUGCCGCAAGAGCUGCUGCUCCUGCUGCCCCGCRAGCUGCAGCAACUGCGCCAAGGGCUGCGUGUGCAAGGAGCCGACCAGCAGCAAGUGCAGCUGCUGCCACUGAGCCGCUCGCCUCUGCCUGUAAAUAGCCGGCAUGCUUCGGGGAUGGGGGGUGGGGGGAAGAGAAAAGCCUAUUUUUUCUUUUUUUUUGUUUUUCAUGUUUUGUAUUUUCUGUACCAGUGGUGAAACUGGAUGGAAAUAAAGKAGUUUAUCUGGAA